CGAACGCCCGUCAACGAAAGGCUCGAUAACGCUAUUGAUAGCGACCUGGAUGUUGCGAAGAAAUGUAUCCAAAACUUUUAUCGACAGUAUUAUCGACUUACGACGUCGCUGAUCAAUCCUACAUUGAUCCCUCACUCCUCCUUCUGCUGCUCGACGCCUUCUUGA